GAAGAGGAGGGCAGAGCCGAGGAAGAGGAAGGGGGAGGAAGGAAGCGGAAAGGAGAAGCGCAGGGGGAGGAGGAGGGCGGGCGGCAGGGGGGCGAUGGCGGGGCCGCCGCCGCCGGCUCCGCCAGGCCCGGAGGCUACCCGGUACCAGGAGUGGAUUUUGGACACGAUCGACUCGCUGCGGUCGCGCAAAGCGCGGCCGGACCUGGAGCGCAUCUGCCGCAUGGUGCGGCGGCGGCACGGCCCCGAGCCCGAGCGCACCCGCGCCGAGCUGGAGAAGCUGAUCCAGCAGCGGGCGGUGCUCCGCGUCAGCUACAAGGGCAGCAUCUCCUACCGCAACGCCGCCCGCCUGCAGCCCCCGCGCCGGCCCCCGCACAUCCCCCCGCCGCCGCCACCGCCCCCCCGGCCGCCAGUCCCCGCCACCCCCCCGGCCCCUCCCCACCCCACCCCCCCCGCCGCCGUGUCCCGCCGCUCCGACCCCCCCGUGAGCCUCCGGGAUGCUGCUCGGUACCUGGGGGGGGACGGGAGGUUAACGAGGGGCAGGCUGCAGGGCUCGGCGCUGGCGGCCGAUGGGGGGGGGUCGUCGUCUGCUGGUGGGGGGGUGGCGGGGGGUGCUGGAGGAGGAGGAAGGUUGGAGCGGACUCGCUUGGCCACCAUCGCUAUGGCCCGGGCGGAGAGAGGCCGAGGGAGCGCGGGGAGGGCCCGGAAGCCCCCCCAGCCCCCCUGCAGCGAAUCUUCAGCCAGGGAGGAAGAAGAGGAGGAGGAGGAGGAAGAUGAGGAGGGGACAGGCUCGGACGCCUCAGAGGAUGGGGCGGGACACCGACAGCUGAACGGGGAGGCCGGGGGGGUCCCCCCCAGCUCCGUCCCCCCGGGCAGCCCCCCCCCCGAGCGCCCCCCGCCCCAGCCCAAGGCCUGCUCCCCGGGCGAAAGUGCCUGCCACCAGCUGCCCCCCCCCGCGCAGGAGGAGACCUUCGGGCAGCCGGACCGAGCAGUGUCCCCAGCUCUGGCCGGGGCCGAGCCCUCGGUGCCACUGUCCCCAGGCAGGCCUGGCCCCGACGGGCCCCCCCCCUUCAGCUGCACCCCCCGCCGAGACAAGGCUGCCGACCCUGUGGACUGGUCCGUGCGGGACGUGGUCGAUUACUUCACCGAGGCAGGGUUCCCCGAGCAGGCCUCUGCCUUCCAGGAGCAGGAGAUCGACGGCAAGUCGCUGCUGCUGAUGCAGAGGGCAGACGUCCUGACCGGGCUCUCCAUCCGCCUGGGGCCAGCGCUCAAGAUCUACGAGUUCCAUGUCAAGCUGCUGCAGCGCAGCCACUUCCAGGAGGACCCCGAGCCCCCCCCCGAGCCCUUCCCCGCCUAACGCCCCCCCACUGCCCUCUCCCGACCCGCCGGGGGCACCCCCACGUGCCAGGGGGCACCCCCAAACGUGGGGGGGUGCAGCAAGAGGCAAGAGAGAGGCU